AUGCUAAUAAAAAUCUAUAAUCCGUUCAAGAAAGAAGAAGACAGACCAACUCCUCUGCUGGUUUAUAAUUGGAGAAUCUAUUUUGUAGGACUAAUUUCUUCGUUUGCAGCCCUAGAAAUCGGGUAUGAUUCUGGAUUUAUAGGAGGUACUCUUGCGCUUAACUCAUUUAGAAAAGAGUUUGGAUUUGAUAGAAUGUCAGAAAGCCAUAGUAGUUUUAUUAUAUCCAAUAUUGUAUCAUUGUUUCACGCUGGAUGCUUUUUUGGCUCAAUAUUGUCUUAUCCUAUUACAUUUUAUAAAGGAAGAAAAGUCGUACUAAUAUCAUCAGCACUUUUCAUGGCAUUGGGAGCAGUUUUAAUGUUAAUUUCUAAUAAAGAUAGAGGUUUAGGGCCGAUAUAUGCGGGAAGAAUUUUGGCUGGUAUAGGUGUAGGGCAAUCAACCUCAAUUGUUCCAACGUUUUUAUCAGAGAUCUCUCCGCCUCCAAUCAGAGGUAGAGUUAGUGCUAUGUAUGAAAUAGGCUGGAGAACUGGUGAUCUCAUAGGGUUUUGGGUUAGUUAUGCGGUUGAUGAAAAUAUGUCAACGGGAUAUGUGCAAUGGAUUCUUCCUUUUGCGAUACAGAUUAUACCUGCCGCUUUAUAUUUGGCAUUGGUUUGGUGGGUGAAAGAAUCUCCUCGAUGGCUCUUCUCCGUUGGAAAAGAUUCUGAAGCUAUAGAAAACUCAAAGUUUUAUAGAAAGCUAGAUGAUGGUAAUGACUACUUAUUGUCUGAAAUAUCAUCCAUCAAAGAGCUGGUAAAUGAAGCCAAGAAAAAAGUAGGUACAGGUAUUGCAGGGCCUUUUCUUAUUCUCUUGAGGGAACCAAAAUUACAAAAAAGAUUACUCGUGACGGCUUCUUUAUAUGUGUUUCAGAAUUUGCUAGGUGUUCAGUCUAUAAACUAUUAUUCACCAAUAAUAUUUGGAAAAAUUGGGGUUGAUGGAACCAAUGCGACCUUGUUUUCAACCGGUAUGUUUGGAGUUGUUAAGUAUAUUGCCACUAUAAUUUGGUUGAUGUUCAUAGUAGAACAGAUCGGUAGGAGGAAUACAUUACUAUACGUUUCACCAAUAUGUGCUGUUUGUUUCUUCUAUAUCGGAGCAUAUCUUAAGGUUGAAGGCGGAGCUGCAGCAGGUAGGGCGGCAUUAGGAUUAAUGUAUGUGUGGUGCUUCUUUUUUAUAAUUGGCUGGUCUGGGACGCCAUAUAUUGUAGGUGCUGAAGUAUUCGACAAUUCUUUAAGGGCAUCUUUUCAAGCAAUAAAUUCGAUGUUCUUAUGGCUAUCUGUGUUUUUCAUGACCAGGUUCACUACAGAUAUGAUUGAAGGUAUGGAUUACGGUAUAUUCUUUUUCUUUGCAUCAAUGGCGCUAAUAUCCAUACCAUGGGUUUAUUUCCUUCUUCCAGAAACAAAAGGAAUACCAUUAGAGAACAUGGAAGAGCUCUUUGACUACCCAGCCCCACGAGCACAUAUUCUUGUUUUCAACAGCUUAAAAUGUGGUCUGGAUAUACUUCAAGAUAAGGCGGAUGAAAGUUCUCUAACAUCGAAUGGGAAUCUAAAGCAGGAAACUAUACAUGUCGAAAAGGUAGUUUAG